AGCAGGUUGUUGCGUUUUUGGCUCUAAAGCCCGGAGACCUCCGAAGCGCUCGUCAGUUUUCCAAGUUGGAGCCAUGGCGACAACAGCUCAGUACAUCCCGAGGAAUAACUCCUUACCGUCCAACCCGCUCAUGCAUCCGGAUUCGGACAGGAUGCACCAGGGUACGACCUACAGAGAGGUGCAAAAAAUGAUGCACCACGAGUACCUGCAGGGGCUCGCGGCCACCAACACGGGGCACCCGAUGAGCCUGACGCACCACCAGUGGCUGCCCACGUCCAACACCGACUGGUCCAGCGGCACCCACAUCGGCCAGCAGGAGCACAAAGCCGGCGUUCAGGCGAGCAGGGAGGACCUGAGCAGCGGCUUCCACCACAGAUCCCACCUGGUGCACCAGCAGACGCAGAGCGCGCACCACGGUUCGUGGGCGCCGGCCACGACGCACCACCUGUCCCCGCUGUCUCCGGCGUCUAACGGCCACCAGUCGCUGGUCUACUCGCAGCCCGGAUACACAAACCUCAACGCGAUGUUGAGCCCCCAGCCGGGCGCCCUGCACCACGGCAUGCGGGACCCGCUCCACGACGAGACGGGCAGCCACGACAACCAGAUGGAGUCGCCCCAGCAGGCUUUCAGCCACCACCAGGACCACUCGGACGAGGACGCGCCCAGCUCCGACGACCUGGAGCAGUUCGCCAAGCAGUUCAAGCAGCGGCGGAUCAAGCUGGGCUUUACGCAAGCGGACGUGGGCUUGGCCUUGGGCACCCUGUACGGAAACGUCUUUUCUCAGACCACUAUCUGCAGGUUCGAGGCGCUGCAGCUCAGCUUCAAGAACAUGUGCAAACUUAAGCCACUGCUUAACAAGUGGCUGGAGGAGACAGACUCGAACACGGGCAGCCCCACCAAUUUGGACAAGAUCGCUGCGCAGGGCAGGAAACGAAAGAAGAGGACCUCCAUAGAGGUGGGGGUGAAAGGGGCGCUGGAGAACCACUUCUUGAAAUGCCCAAAGCCAUCCGCUCAUGAAAUCAGCACUUUAGCCGGCACUCUGCAGCUGGAAAAAGAGGUGGUCCGCGUUUGGUUUUGCAACAGAAGACAAAAAGAGAAAAGAAUGACACCAGUGGGGGUCCCGCAUCCGAAUAUGGAGGACGUAUAUUCCCAAGCAGAGACCCCUCCUCUACACCGCACACUACAGAGUCCUGUGCAGUGACUGUUUCAUGAACAAUUCGAGCAUUUAGAGAGAGAAAAAAGGGAAAGAGA